AUCUUCAAUACUCAUUCAAUUAUUUAUUAAUCGAACAACAAAUUCCAUUUCACUCAUGUAGUCAUUAGUGAGAUGGAACUUGUUGUUCUACUUGUUUUAACAAACUCGACUAAGUACUUGUUUACACACGUUUUAUCAAUGCCACACUAAUAUAUAAAGUGCGGAGAUAGCGGCGCGGUCAGUCGCACGGCGCGCGGUUGAUUUAGUUAGUGUGGGCGCGAGACGUCGGCGCGACAACAUGCGGAGUGUGGUGUGCGCGUGCGCGCUGCUGGCCGCGCUGGGCGCGUACAUCGAGCCGGGGCCCGCGCACCCGCCCAGCCAGGGGGAGGUGUGGCCCAAGCCGCAGCGGGAGGACAAGGAGGACACCUUCUACACCUUCAACCCGUCGCAGUUCACAGUCGAGAUAACGGGCCACAACUGCAGCAUGCUGGCGGCCGCGGUGGAGCGCUACGUGUACGUGCUGCGGCAGCUGCACGCGCUGGCGCGGCGCGGGCGCCGGCGGGGGCGGGCGGCGCCCCCGCCGCCCCCGCCGCCCGCCUACGCCGGCGCGCUGCGCCGCCUGGCGCUGCAGCUGGACCGGCCCUGCGAGCCCGCGCCGCACCUGCACAUGGACGAGGCCUACUCGCUGACGGUGGGCGAGAACGCGACGCUGUCCGCCGCCGCCGUGUGGGGCGCGCUGCGCGGCCUCGAGACCUUCGCGCAGCUGUUCUACCUCAGCGACGAUUACACGGACGUGCGCAUCAACGCGACGGCCAUCUCGGACUGGCCGCGCUACCCGCACCGCGGGCUGAUGCUGGACACGGCGCGGCACUACCUGCCGCGCGCCGCGCUGCUCGCCACCCUCGACGCCAUGGUGGCCAACAAGAUGAACGUGCUGCACUGGCACCUCGUCGACGACCAGAGCUUCCCCUACCAGAGCGACCGCUUCCCCGACUUGAGCUUGCGCGGCGCGUAUCAUCCGAGCAUGGUGUACACGCGCGAGGACAUCGCCACCGUCGUGGAGUACGCGACCGCGCGCGGCGUGCGCGUCGUGCCCGAGAUCGACGUGCCCGGUCACACGCGGUCGUGGGGUGCGGCCUUCCCCGAGCUGCUGACGCAGUGCUACUCUAGCUCCGGCGAGGAGGCUGGGCUAGGCCCGCUGCAGCCGCUGCGCGCGCGCACCUACGCUGUGCUGCGCGCGCUGCUGCAGGAGGUGCGCCAGCGCUUCCCUGACACGCACCUGCACGUCGGCGGGGACGAAGUUGACCUCUCCUGCUGGAACUCCAACCCCGAGCUGCAGCAGUACAUGCGCGAGCACAACAUGUCGGACCCGAGCCAGCUGCACGCGCUGUUCAUGCGCGACACGCUGCCGCUGCUGCCCGCUGACACCACGCCCAUCGUGUGGCAGGAGGUGUUCGACGAGGGCGUGCCGCUGCCCAACGACACGCUCGUCCACGUGUGGAAGGGCGCCGCCUGGGACAUGGUGAAGGCGUUACGAGCGGGUCACAAAGUGUUGUUCUCGUCGUACUGGUACCUGGACCACCUGGGCGACACGUUCGAGACGUUUCUGUCGGUGGACCCGCGCGGCAUGGUGGAGGCGGCGGCGGACGCGGCGCUGGCGGCCGGCGUGCUGGGCGGCGAGGCCUGCAUGUGGGGCGAGCUGGUCGACGACACCAACCUGCUGCCCAGGGUGUGGCCGCGAGCCAGCGCGGUGGCGGAGCGGCUGUGGAGCGCGGCGCUGCCGGGCGCGGGCCGCGGCGGGGGCGGGGGCGGGGGCGGGGGCGGGGGCCGCGGGGGCCGGCGGGCGCCCGAGGAGGCGCUGCGGCGCGCGGCCGAGCACGUGUGCCGCAUGCGGCGCCGCGGCAUCCCCGCCGCGCCCGCCGCCGGCCCCGGGUACUGCGUGCUUUAAUCGAGACUUCGAAAGCAGCAACUAACAUACACAAUAUAUUUAUAAUUAAAAUUGUAAAGAAUAGCUAAAAAGUA